AUGCCUGUCGAUCUAUCUCCUCCAUCGUCCCUCGACGAGGCAUUCAUGAUCGCAUCGGCUGCCCAAAAAUAUGAUAUGCGUAGUGCUAUGGAGCGUUCCCGCGGACUUCUUCGCAACUUCGUGAGCGACUCUAAUUGCAUACGUGCGUACGGCACAGCCUAUCGUCUACGUCUACGAGAGGAGAUGAUUAUGGCCGUCCCAUUGACCUUGCGGCGCGACCUAUCCCUAAGCAGCCUUGGGGUUGACCUUCGCCAUCUCACGGGCUCUGCCCUAUACGAUCUAUGGGUCUACCGUGCUACAUGCGCCAAAGUGAUAUCCAAAUUUAUCGACCAGAAAAUAAGCAACGGAGACGGUGCCGAGUGGCUUCCUCGUGGACAUAGUACCUCUGCGUCUAGAGGCUGCAUCAGUACUAUCAUGCGCACAUCUAUACCUGCCUGGUAUCAUGCAUUUGUUGGUCAAAUUGCCCUGACCAUGGCGGAAGACCCCGAGCAACGCUUUCCCUCUCGCUCACAAAAAUUGGACAGCCUCAUCUCGGCGUGUCAGGAUCAUUCCAAGCACUGCCGAUACUGCCUGGAGAAGUAUGACCAUGUCGACGUAUAUCGACAGAUGUGGGCGAAGUUGAUGGAUACUAUCGACGAAGUCAUCGCGCAGGUCGAUCUAGCUAAACAGUUUUCGGGGUUUUAA